AUGGAUUGGUGGGCGAGGAUUUGUUUCAUGAUCUUCCUCGUUUUCUCGUCUUUAGUUUACACGCCAUGCACGCAGCACCACCUUUCCAUCAUGGCCUUCCCGCCCCCUCCACACAGGUACCUACCUAGAACCCGGACGGUGACAUCCACGCGAAGGCGACAACGAGCUCUUCUGCCAAGGAAUGUGGGAGACACUCGCACGAGUGAGGCAUGGUAUCUGCGAAAGAGAAGCAGAAGAAAGAGGGGUGGGGAAACCUGGAAACAGCAACCGAGAGGGCCCCCGCCUGUCAUCUAUCUCAGCCCGUCAUCAAACGUGCCGCCAGCCAUACCACGCGUUCCCGACCCUUGA